GAAAUCGCGUGAACUCUGGCCGAGGCACGCGACUGCAGUGGUCGCAAUUGCAGCCGCCCUGCAGCUGCUGCAGCGGCUCGAUCUGAACUAUUCGCUUUCCGUGUAUGAUUGGACUUCGCACGUAAUAAUUGCUGCCAGGAGGUGUAUGGACGAAGAGGUGGAAGUGCGAGUGUUGUUCUUUGGCAAAGCCCGCGAACUCAUGGACCGAGAAGAGAUAAAGACACGACUUCCACGAGUGCUGCCAUAUGAGAGACUUCGGGAGCUAAUCUUUACCCAGCUUUUCGGGGUUUUGGAAUGCAUCUCCGCAUCAUGCGUACUCGCUGUGGAUCUCAAAUACGCCGACAAAGACGAGAUCGUGAAACUAAAUCCUGCAAGCGAAAUCGCUGUGAUACCCCCGCUCAGUGGUGGAUAAUCAGACAGUCACAGCAAUUCGAUGACAAUUCACUUCUUCUGCUCACCAUAUUCUUUCUUAUGCCCCUUUUCUCAGCAUAUUAACUUUUCUUGCUCAUUAAUGGGUGCCAUAAAUGUACUUAAUCGCUAUAUCUUACCCUACUCUCAAUCUCAUCCGUAAAAAUUCAUUACCUCAAAGAGCGAUACUUAUUUUCUCAUUUAACGACAUCCCUACUGAAGCAUUUAUGUGAGAAUAUAAUUCUUACUAAUGAAGAUUGUAAUGG